AUGGACGCCAUCAACAGCAAAGGAGGCAACGCUGGAGGCGGCUGGGACGUUGACAGCAUUACGACAGAAGACGCCGAGAUGCUCGCAGAGCUAUUUUCGAAGUCUGAUGACGAGACUUGCAUGAUAAAAGAUCAUGACGUAGUUCUCAAGAUAGUAUCCUGCCCUACCAAGGGCACGAGGAUUUGGAAAGAAAAGGUGCGCUUCUUGUUAGGGACAAGAAAGUUGAGCCGUGAGGACAUUGAGGCACUUAGUGCCAUGCAAAAUUCUUUCUACCGCCACCUGUUCUGCUGCAGCAAAAGGUACAAUGAUCCUGCUGACGUUGGCUCUACAAAUGUAAGUUUUUGGGUGAGCCUGAAGCUGGUCAAGGAGAAGAAGCAGAUCGAAUGGGUCCUUGAUAUGGACGACGUCCGCCAUAUCAAGAUUGGAAAAGAGCUCGUCCCCGUUGUGCCUGCCAGUGAUGACUGCAUCAGAGACGAAAUCUUUCUCAGCAAGGGGAUAUCGACACUGGAAAGAAAUGCCAAAAUUAAGUGCAAGAAGAAACAAAGGAGGCAGGCGGCAGCUCUGACCCCAUCUGUCUCCCAACAAGGAACUGAGCGAGGGGCUCCAACAAAGCCCGCAGCACCGCCAAUUGGCGAAGCAAAUGAUGCAAAGUGUAGCAAGUUUGCAAGUGCUCUUGGUAGUUCCAUUCGGGAUGACGUGAAUGCUGCAGCUGCGUGA